UCCGUCCUCUUCUCUUGUGUUGUUCCCCGAACAGACUCCUCAGGCCAGAUGGGCUCCUCGCCCCUGGGCUCCCCCACGUCCCACCGGGGGAUGCACCCGUCCCUGCUCAGCCCCACGUCCAUGGGGCCCUCGGGCUCGCUGCACUCUCCCAUCAGCUCGCUGAGCUCGCCCAUGAACGGCAUGGCCUCGCCCUUCUCCGUCAUCAGCUCGCCCAUGGGCCCUCACUCGAUGAACUCGCCGGGCAUGGGCUACGGGCCCAGCGUCAGCCCCCAGCUGAACUCGCCCAUGCACUCGGUCAGCAGCACGGAGGACAUCAAGCCGCCGCUAGGGCUCAACGGCGUGAUGAAGGUGCCCGCUCAGCCCUCCAGCACGGCCCUGUCGCUCACCAAACACAUCUGCGCCAUCUGUGGUGACCGCUCCUCAG